AUGUCUGAAGCCGAUUUUUCCUGUUUUGGUGACAUUUGCGAGUUCGGAAGAGAAUUCUGUGACCCCCUCUCACGAUUCUGUAUCAAUUGUGCUACACCACCUUGGAAUGAAAAAUGUUUCAAAUCCGAACACAUCAACAACUGUACGGAAUUUUGCAAAGAUCUGGUAUUAAACAACGACCCACCGAAUAGUAACGAGAACGAAGAGGAAAUUUUGAUGAUAGAACCAGAGUGCCAUGUUCCUGUUGACCCACGUCCAAUUCAGGUCUCAAAAGAAAUAAUCCUAGAAGCGGAUGCUGUUUCUAAUUCUACUGAUUAUCCCAAGUUCGGCCCUACCGCUCUUAAACCUCACAAAGAAGCAAUAUUGAUGUAG